CAAAAAUCAAGGAACAGAUAAUUUAAGAGAGAAAAACCAAAAUAAUUUGAGAGCAGAAAAAAAUUGUAGAGAGAGAAGCAAAUAGAAAGGGAUAUGAUGAACAGUGAAAGUAAUCAACAACGAUCAAAUUAUCGCAGAAAGAAGAUCUUUAUUACUUCUUACUUUACGAUCGCCGAAGAUCUAGCAUUUCUAAUUUAUGCGUGAUUGUUUUUGAUACUAAAGAUGUCAGCUUUUAGGAGAAACGAUGCGACUAAAAAAGAACUGCCGAAAUAUAAGGAGUUAAUAGAUAUAGAGUAGGGUUUCGUAACAGUUAGAAAAAGAAGUAGAAUAUGGCCGACUUGGAAAACUUGCUCUUAGAGGCAGCUGGAAGAACAGGAGGAUCAAGUAGAAGCAGACACUCGGUUCCAGCAUCUAGAAGACGACGUGAAAAUGCCUUUUCAGAUGAUGGGAGUGACUCUAAGGAUGAAUAUUCAGAUGACAAUCGAGGAUAUGGAGGAAGAAAGCCCAACGGAUCCCAAAUUCCGUUGAAGAAAAGAGGCAAAGACAGAGAUGAUGAUCAGGGCAGUCAGGAUGACGACGAGGGUGAUGAAGUUUCUGGCCGUGGGGGUGGAAGUGGUGAUGAUUCAGAUGUUGGGAGUGAUCUCUACAAGGACGAAGAUGACAGACAACAGCUUGCUCAGUUAACUGAGCUUGAGAGGGAGCUAAUCUUAUCUGAACGAGCGACAAAACUUGAUGAUAAGAAGUUGCAUGAAAGAGUUAAAUCAAGGUGGAGGAAUGACAAUAAGCCUCAACCUAAGAGGGAAACCACUCCUCCUUUGGCGUCUUCUCGUGGGGUGCGUACAUCUGCAAGGUCUGCUGACCGUGCCGCUCAAAAGAAUGAUGCUUUGAUUGAGCUACGAGCAAAACGGAUGAGGCAACAAGGCAUAGACACAGCUAGAGGUGGUCCAGGAUCUCGGGGUUACUCACCUGUCAAAAGGAAAGCGGCUCCUUCUACAGGUGUAAGCAGUUCCAGCCAAAGUGAUAGUGAAAGUGAUUCUCAGAGUGAAGAUGGGAGAUCAAAAAGGGGUGGCCGAAUGGAUGAUAGUGAUGAUGAGAUGUCUAAACCUAAGUCCAACAUUCCUACCUAUGAAGACAUAAAGGGAAUUACAAUUAGAAGGUCUAGAUUAGCAAAAUGGUUUAUGGAGCCAUUCUUCGAGGAUAUGAUUGUUGGUUGUUUUGUAAGAGUAGGCAUUGGUAUGAAGUCUGGCCAAAGCAUUUACAGGCUGUGCAUUGUCCGAAAUGUAGAUGCAUCAGACCCUGAUAAGCAAUAUAAGCUGGAAAACAAGAUGACUUACAAGUACUUGAACUGUGUCUGGGGUAGUGAAAGCUCUGCAGCUCGAUGGCAGAUGGCUAGAAUUUCCGACUCCCCUCCUCUUGAAGAAGAGUACAACCUGUGGAAGAAAGAGGUGGAACGCACCAGUGGAAGGAUGCCCACGAAGCAAGAAGUUGCCGAUAAGAAGGAAGAAAUUGAAAAAACAAACACUUUUGUGUACUCUGCGGAAACAGUGAAGCAUAUGUUGCAGGAGAAGAAAUCAGCUGCAACAAGACCUUUGAACAUUGCAGCCGAGAAGGAAAGACUGAGGAGAGAAAUGGAAGCCGCACAAUACAGAAAUGACGAAGUUCAGGUGGAGAAGAUUAAGGCAAGAUUAGAGGAAUUGGCAGCUGUUCGUCAAGCACAGGAUAAUAAAAAUUCCAAGGCACACAGAUUAGCAGAGAUGAAUAGAAAGAAUAGAGUAGAAAACUUCAAGAAUGCAUCCGAAUUGAAGCCUGUAAACACUAACCUCAAAUCGGGAGAAGCUGGAUAUGAUCCCUUCUCUAGGAGGUGGACUAGGUCUAUGAAUUACUAUACCGGAGGAUCGAAAAGUAAAGAAAAUGGCAAUGCUGUGGAAAAUCCCGAGAUUAAAGGAGGUGAAAAGGCCGGAGUAGUUGCCACAGCAGCAGCCUUAGAGGCUGCUGCUGAUGCUGGGAAAUUGGUGGAUACAAGUGCACCAGUUGACCAAGGCACAGAACAUAAUAUGCUGCAUAACUUCGAACUUCCAAUCUCGUUAAACACAUUGCAUAGAUUUGGUGGGCCACAAGGUGUCUUGGCCGGGUUCAUGGCAAGGAAGCAAAGGAUUGAAGCAACAAUUGGACUUCAAGUCCCCGAGAACGAUGGUCGUAGACAUGCAUUGACAUUGUCAGUGAGUGAUUACAAGAGGCGACGAGGGCUAUUAUGAUAAAAUCAUAAGUGCUUUCUGUUUACAAUGGAACAUUCGGUUCCCAGAAAAACAAACUCAAUUUGAUGGAUUUCCCGUUACUGUAUCUGUAACAUUAGAAUUUUCACAGAUUAUUUAUUUGUAUUGCAUUUGUUUUCUAAUAAUCUUAUGUUUCUCCUGUAUAAUUACUCGUUACUUGAAACAGUGACAGGAUUCUUGUGUUCGAUCAUACUGCUUGUAUUACUAAAUGGUUAGCUCUGGUACCAAAUUAAACUCUUGGGGAA